AUGUUCACUAAGCAGACUUUGGCCGCCUUUGUUGGCGCGUUGGCUCUGGCUUCGGCCGAGACCAUCUCUUCUAGCGAUGAGUACCCCAGUGCCGCUGAGAUUGCUGCGUCUCAGGCAUCGGUCCUGCCCUACUCUCCCGUCUCGAACGUGAAGGGUCUGGCUUUCAACCGAUUCGCCCAGAUUUGGAUCGAGAACACCGAUUUCGACACCGCUGCUGCUGAUAAGAACUUUGCCAAGCUGGCUAAAGAGGGUAUCCUUCUGACCAACUACUUCGCAUUGACUCACCCCUCGGAGCCUAACUAUGCUGCCUCCGCUGCCGGUGACAGCUUUGGUAUGGACAAUGAUGACUUCCACCAGCUCCCGGCCAACAUCUCCACCAUUGCCGAUCUGUUCGAUACUAAGAAGAUCUCUUGGGGCCAGUACCAGGAGGACAUGCCCUACGCCGGCUACCAGGGCUACCGGUACCCGGAGUCUGGAGCGAACCAGUACGUGCGCAAGCACGACCCGCUCAUCCUCUUUGACUCCGUCACCAACGACGCUGUCCGCCCGCGUCAGAUCAAGAACUUCACUACCUUCUACGAAGAUCUCAAGCAUGAGAGCAUACCCCAGUACAUGUUCAUCACUCCUAACAUGACCAACGACGCCCACGACAGCAACAUCACCGUCGCCGGUGACUUCCUUGCUAGCUUCGUGCCCCCUCUCCUUGAGAGCGAGUACUUCUCCAAGGAUGCCCUUAUCCUCGUGACCUUCGACGAGACCGCAACCUACGCCGACCCCAACCGUGUCUACAGCAUCCUUCUCGGUGGCGCCGUCCCCGAGCACUUGAAGGGUACAACCGACGAUACCUUCUACACUCACUACAGUAUUAUCGCCUCCCUCUCCGCCAACUGGGGUCUGCCUUCCCUCGGCCGCUGGGAUUGUGGCGCCAACAUCCUCAAGCUCGUUGCCGAGAAGACCGGCUUCGUCAACUGGGAGGUUGAUUACGAUAACCUCUACCUUAACGAGACUUACCCCGGCCCCCUGUCUGAUGAUGAUUACUCCACCUACGAGCCUUACUGGCCUACCCCCGCGACCAGCGGUACCUGCAAUGCUGGCCACGGUAUUCUCGAUGUGGUUAAGAAAACCUACCACGGUCUGAAGCAGACUUUCGACUACUCUUCUCCCAUUCCCUUCGAUACUAAGUCGGGUACCAAUGUUGGUAUCAAGUACUGGCGUACUCUGAAGAAUGGAAAGAAGCAGACUGGCAUUACUGAGUAA